CUAAAGCGACGAUGGCAUCAACGACGAUCACACGGAUUCUGCCAGCGGUAACGCUGCUGCUGCUGCUGCUGCACUGCAGCAAUGGCGCCGCCGAGGAGCCAAUCUAUCGGUUGUGUGUGCCCCAAAUCUAUUUCAGCGAUUGCCAGAAGCUGCUCGAAGAUCCAUCCGAGGCGGGCAUACGCAUGGAGUGUGUAUCGGGACGUGAUCGCAUCGAGUGCCUGGAGCUGAUCGAGCAGCGCAAGGCCGAUGUGCUGGCCAGCGAACCGGAGGACAUGUAUAUGGCAUAUCAUCGCAAGAAUGAGGAUUAUCGUAUCAUAUCCGAGAUACGCACCCAGGAGGACAAGGAUGCUGAUUUCCGCUAUGAGGGCAUUAUCCUGGUGAAGAAAUCAUCAGCGAUACACACGCUGCAGGAGCUGCGCGGCGCCAAGUCGUGCCACACGGGCUUUGGCCGUAAUGUGGGCUACAGGAUUCCGAUUACCAAGCUGAAGAAUACGAACGUGCUGAAGGUGUCCGCUGAUCCGCAAAUCUCGGCAACAGAGCGGGAACUGAAAUCGCUGUCCGAGUUCUUUACGCAAUCGUGUUUGGUGGGCAACUACUCGGCGCAUCCGGAGACGGAUCGCCUGCUCAAGAAGAAAUAUGCUAAUCUAUGCGCGCUAUGCGAGAAGCCGGCCCAGUGCAACUAUCCGGACAAAUACAGUGGCUACGAUGGUGCCAUACGCUGCCUAGACAAGGGCCAGGGCGAUGUCGCCUUUACCAAGGUGCAGUUCAUCAAGAAGUAUUUCGGCCUGACCGGCAGCCCGACGGCGCCGCCAGCAGAAGGCAAGCCCGAGGACUUUGAGUAUCUGUGCGAGGACGGCACUCGUCGCCCGAUAACCGGACCAGCCUGUUCCUGGGCCCAGCGCCCCUGGAGCGGCUAUAUCUCAAACGAGCAGGCUGUGCACGGCACAGAGAAGCUCCACCAAUUGCAGUCGCGUCUGGAACGCUUCUUUGCCAAUGGCCUGCACGCCCAGAAUCAGGAGGCAGCCGCUCAUUUGCUCAUCAAUCAAAAUGCGUUUUAUCACAGCAAGCCGGAGGCCAUCGAUCCCAAGGUCUAUCUGGAGCGUGCCGGCUACAAGGAUGUGAUUGAGCGCGAUGGCAGCGCCAUACGCAAGCUGCGCCUCUGCACCCAAACGGAUACUGAGUUUUCCAAGUGCCAGGCUCUGCAUCGUGCCGCCUACGCCCGUGAUGCGCGCCCAGAGCUCGAGUGCGUCCAAUCCACAGACUGUAUUGAGGCGCUGGCCACCAACAAGGCUGAUAUGCUGGUCGCUGCCGCAGCCAACUAUGCGGAUGCACGGGAACACAAGCUGCUGCCGCUGGUCUACGAGCAACUGGACACUGAUGAGUUGCUUGUGGCCGUGGCUCCGCCCACCCUCAACCGCGAUGCACUGCAGAAGGCUCCCAUACAUUUUGAUGCCACCAGCGAACGCGCUCGAUUGAGUGCUGCCUUGUUGAACAAGCGUCGCAGCUUGGACUGGUGCAACAUCUUGCCCAGCACGGAGCAGCAGCUAUUGAUUGUGCCCGCGAAGCAGCUGGAACAGCACAAGGACUGGCAGCUUGUCUGCCCCACGCUGGAGCGUCGCCCCGUUACAGACGUUGCCAACUGCAACGUGGAGGUGCAGCUGCCACGCGCGAUCUUUGCCCGUGCCGACACCACGCCCGUCGAGCAGGAGACCAUCAAGCAUCUGUUUGCCCUCAUCUCGGAGCGAUUCGGUGCCCAUGGCAAGUUCGUCGAUGUCUUUGCACUCUUUGGCGAGUACCAGCAGGGCGAGAAGAAUGUCCUCUUUGACGACAAUGCCGUCGAGUUGGUCACGCAGCUGAAGAGCGACUACCAGAACGAGCACAUCUACAAUGAUCUGCAUUGCGAUGCCAACAAGAUUGCCAAGCAAUAAUAAGUGGGCGUGGCAUUUGCAUCUGCAGCCACCGUUAUUAACGAAUAGAUAUGCAUACUACUUUUUUUUUUUUGCUUUUUCCUAAAUACAUACAUAUGAUGAUACAGUAUU